UAUCAAUUUAUUUUGACAUUGUUAACAUAAAACUGUUUUGGAAUGCCUAAGUUAAAAUUAAUGUUUCCAAAAUUUUAUUUCAAAAUUGCAUUUAUACCUUUGACAUUUAUAUUUUUCUCACAAACAUUUGCACUUCUAAGCUGUCCAAAAGAAUUUCUAUAUCAAAUUGGAGUAAACGCAACAUGUGAAUCAGGAUACAAUACGUUAAUCCAAUGUGAUGGAUCUAAUUAUCUGCAUGUAAUGAAAGCUAAUAUUAAAUGUGUUGAAGGAUAUUAUAACGCAAAUCAAAUGAUAAAAUGUGAUACUAGGACUGGAACAUGGUUUCCAGAACCUUUUCAAUGUAAUGGUUAUUGUGAUCGGACUGGUACUAAAAAUCUAUUGAAAGUUUUAAAUGAGAAAUUUAAGUAUCCUUGGUAUGCAGAAAUAUUGAAACAUCGAGAUACAAAUAUAACAGAAAUAUUUCCAGCAUUAAUUAUGACUGGACGAACAGUCAUAACACGGGAAAAAUAUUUCAAAACAAAUUUGUCACUGAAUUUAACUGAUUACGUAGUACGAGUUUAUGAUCCUCCCAACUUACAUGAAGAUUUUAAUAUUGACCGCAUCGAAUACGUAAGCAGUGAACCAGCAAUAUACAAACCAGAUACUAAAGAACCAUAUUGUGUUUUAAUUUUAACAAGUGAUAAAUAUAUUAAAAUAAAUCUUAAAGACACAAGACCGUAUUGUCUAGACGAAAUCAGAUUUUGGAAAAAAAUACCAGAAUAUAAUUUGCCUCCAAAAUUCCCAAACCAGUGCGUUGUCCCUAAUUUAGAUAAGAGGAAAAAUGUCGAGUUAUACUGCUAUCAAAGAAUAAAAUCCAAGCCGUUAAAAAAAUGCCCAGCUACAGUACAAGCCUUACAAACAAAAUGUAAACUUGGAUAUGAAAAGAAAAAUUCAACCGAAAAGGAUUUUCUAUCAAUGUGUAUAGCAAAUCGUUGGAGUAUUAAUGACAGGCGUGAUGAAAAUUGUGAAUUGAUGUGCGGUAAAAUGAGUUACAAUAAAGAUGAAGAAUCUUCCAUACCACCAUGGCAUGCUGCCAUUUAUUUUAAGAAUAUUAAUGACACUUUAUCUCCACUUAAUCAAUUAUGUUCCGGUGUUAUUAUACAUAGAGAUAUUAUUUUAAGUGCAGCUCAAUGCUUCUACGAUAAGACAAACAAUAAAUUGGAAGGUUCUUCAAACUUUCGUGUUGUAGCGGGAAAAAAUUUCCAAGAUGAAAAAAACAGUGGAAAUUCUGAACAGUUCGCUGAAAUUUCGGAAAUAUAUAUUCCAUCCACAUAUGGUAACGGAAAUUGGAACAAUGAUGUUGCGGUUUUAAUUUUGAAAACUCCACUUAUUUUCAAUUCAUUUGUCAGUCCGAUAUGCCUGAAAUUGAAUUCUAAUUCUGAUUUGGAAAGUGGUACAACAGGAAGUAUUUUCAGAUGGAAAUCGAAUCAUAUUAAUGAAAGUUUAGAAAAUUCAAAUAAUAGCUCAGGAAACUACUGUCAUUUAAUAGAAAAUUUGACAACUAUAUGUAAUAGGGAUAUUGGCGGUGGAUUUUUUCAUAAAGAGAUUAUAGAUUCAAAAAAUCGUUACGUUCUGAAAGGAAUAAUUAGUACAUUUAUAAAUAUUAAAGAUUAUUGUGUGAGUAAAAAUGUAGCAGCCAUCGUUGAUUUAUUUUAUGUACAAGAAUUUUUAAAAACAACAAUAUCCAAUUAUCGGCAAAAGUUGGAUUAUAAAGAAAUACCGAAAUUAAUUUGGCAUCGUAUUUACGAUAAUGAAAUAUGGACUGCGCCUUAUUGGAUUAGAAAAGAACUGAAUUUAAAACUUCAAACAGUAGACCCUAAUAAAUUUUAAUUUAAAUGA